AUGGCUACCCCGGUUCUCUACAGGGUAAUUUAUGGUACAUUGACUCCUGAAUCCUGGCAAAAUGGCUCCCUUCGUGUUCGCCCGGCCCUCUUGCCUUUCUACUGUCGUUAUCAUGUGAAAGAUGUCGACUAUCCUGGGAUUGUCCCAGAGGCUGGAAAGUCGGUUCACGGAACAUGUGUUGAAGGUCUCACAAGAAUGGAUAUCUGGCGCCUCGACACCUUUGAGGGAACACAGUAUACUAGAAAGAUUGUUAGGGUGAAAAUUCUGGACAAGAACGGUAAGGAAACGGGCGAGGAAAAAGAGGCAGCAACCUACGAGUGGACAGCUGGAAGAGACAGCUUGGAGGAUGAAGAAUGGAACUUUCAGCACUUUGUCAAGGAAAAGCUCUCGGCGUGGGCCGACGACGUAGAGGAGUACGAAGAGGUCGAUGGGCUCGGUGGGCGUUGUUGGGAAGAUGGGUUUCAAGAUGAUAGAGCUGGGAAUACCGGUGAUAAUGCUACUGCGAGCACCUCCACGGCAUAA